ACGCCAUGCACUCAGAAACCGGGGGUUUUUCGGUUCUUGAUUUUCGAUUUCUCGAUUUUUAGUAUUUUAAUAAAUUGCAAGUAAUAAUUAAACGAAGUUGGCUUUCGCGUUGUGAAAGUACUGGUAUUCCAUUUGUUUAAUUUUUUACGACAAAGUACUAGGUCAAAUUAUUGUUAAAUCAACGGAUUAACCAUCGUUCGGCUCAACUGAAGACCAUCGUCGCAAAGCCAGCUCCAAAAUUCCCAGCUGGCCAAUUUGGGCAUCGGUCGCGAUAAGACCCAGGCCCUGUUCGAUUCAGCCAACUACACAUUCGAGCAGAAGGACGGCGAUUCCCUGAUGAACAACGUGGAGACCAGCUUAAAGGAUUAUCUCCGCCGGAAAGAGGUGGCAGCCAAGCGGAUUGCCAGCCACGCCAUUAAGCUGCACGAUGACUAUCUGCGCUCCAAGUUCGAGAACACCACCAUCCGCUACAAACGCUUACGGGAUAUGCCGUUGAAUUUAUAUCGUGACUCCGACAUACCGCAUACCGUAUUACCCAAAAAGAUCAGUCCUUAUUUCAAACAGGAAGUCAAUCACGAUUACCGCACUGUUAAGAUCCCCGACCAAGUCCCUCGAGAUAGCGAGGAAAUCAUCGAUGCCGUCUAUUACAGUGUUGAGCUGGAUGGGGUGUUCCGGCAGAAUCGCAAAUCAGAUCAGUUUAUACGAUGGCAGUAUUUCGGUACGAACGUGGGCUUGAUCCGAUUAUAUCCCGGUCGCGAAUGGGAUAUGAAUUUUGCAGGAUUUUAUAACGAUUAUGAUCCAAGAAUUCGUCCAUGGUAUACUGCUGCCACAAGCGGACCGAAAGACGUUUUGAUAGUUCUGGACUGCAGAAUUGGUUUUCGAACGGCUUUGGAACUUCUCAAGUCGCCUGGACGGGCGCAUUGCCAAAGUAUUAUUUUUGUUUUUGUAACCGAUGGAAAAGACAUUGAUAACGAAGAAGUACGAUGCCCGCCGGGAUACUAUACACGUUCAGGCUAUGUUCCGGGCCCGGUGUGCCGUUAUAAUUGGACCAAAGUGUGGGAUCUUGCCAAAGAACAAAACCAGCUGAUCACACCAAGGGCACGGAUUUUCAGUUUUUUGACUGUUGAUGAGGGCGAAGUCUUUCCCGGAAAUCUGUCGUGCUCCAAUAAUGGUGUGAUGAUGCGCCUGACCGAUGGGGAAGAUCUGAUCAACAACAUGAAACCGUACUUCACGGAUCUGGCUGAGCGUACCAUGGACUGGCCGGGAUUGUGGACCGCUCCGUAUGUGGACGCUUUGGGGAUUGGGGGUGGCCAUAACGUAUGCGGUGUCGGCUGUCAGCAAAAUAACGGGAAAGUAAGAAAAGAUCGUAGUGCGAUGUGUCAAACUUAUAAGCACCACUGCCGAUUAGAAGAGAGCACAAAUCAACAACCAUUUUACGCAAUAAAGAAAUGCAAAAAAUUUACAUUUUUUUCGUGAUCAAUUUGUAAUCAAUUAAUUAACAAUUUUGUAAUCAGUUUCUGAUCAGUUAAUUUAACAAUUUUAUAAAUGUUUCAGAUUUACUUGGCUUUUCAGUAAACUUCUUAUGAAGCAAGUAUCAGUGGACACGUAUGUAUUGUACGAUAAAGGCUGCUGCUGUCGAUUUCUGAGUUUGUGUAAGAUAUAUACGAUUUAUACGAGUAUGGCAUACAAAGAUAAUACGAUUUUAUAAUAAUCUGCGUUAUUUCGUAUAGAACUAUCGGUGUUGCCGGUGUGGAUGCUACAUUAGAAGAAAUCGAACAUUUUCUCAUACGUUACUAGUGGGGCUCCGUCUACACGCUCAUUACUAACGGGAAGGAGAAACAAUUCUACAUC